AUGUUUAACUGUUUUUUUAAUAAUUUUAAGGUUUUUAAAAAUUAUUCCAAAAAUUUACACUGCCAGAUUCUACACCCGAAUUUACCAACUUUCCUCUCUAACCACCUUGUUAACAAUGUUAAAAAUUGUAAUAUUGGUAAAAAAUUGCAUUUUCAAUGUCAAAUUUGUACUCUCUCGCGGGUUAAUGUGAAAAUUGACAAUUUGGCCGGGAUAAGGGAGAUUCGAAGGUAUUAUAGGCCGGAUCGGAACGUUGACUGGGCUGGAAUCAGGCGUAAAUGGCGCGUUAAACAGAUUUUACUCGCGAAAAAGAAACAUAAAAAUCAUCCCCGGGUGGCCAUGAGGUUUAGACUUACGAGAUUUGGCUGGGAGCGACUCCAAAGUGGCAGAAACGCCAAGAAAUUACAUCUCAGUAGACAGAAGUACAAGAAUAAGAAGCGUAUAAAGUAUGUGAGUAGGAGUGAUUUGAAGAAAUUACAAAGGCAAAUGCCAGGUCAUCAAUUGAGGAUCCGUGAUCCGCCAGUGAAUAAUAACCCAAAUAUACGAAACACCAGAAAAAUCAUCAACGCAUACUUCGGCUAAUUUCCACUCAACAUCCUAA